AUAAUUUCGAGAAAAAUUAGAAUCCUGCGCUCCAAUUAAUCGCCGCAGAAAGAUAUCGUCGCAAUGGAAAAGUAUAGAUGAGAGAGUAGAGUAGGCUUAGAAAAAAUCAAACUGAAGUUGUCUGUCAAUUUAAGAAAAUCGUGAUAAUGCGCUCUGUACAGAAAUGGCGACAGCCCGUCCGGAAUGGCCGGGAAGACGACGUUGGCUGGACAGUUCGCGUGUGGACGAAGCAGUUGUUGAAGCGACGGAGUUGUCGGUGCGGAAAUGCGACGGCUACCCCGGGACCUGCUGUGGGCAGCGUGCUGCCCGUACUAUGUCGUUUCCAAGUCAUGUGUAGAGUCAAGUGUCGAGGAUGUCGGAACCCGCAUCGGGUCAAUGGUAGGAAAGUCCGCCCCACAUUCCAGAGCUGCAGAAGAGAUCAACCUGCACAACGCAAUGGUCAGCGAGGCACUCUCCAUAGCCACGACCACCGUACUGGCGUUCUAAUCCACCAGCGACGUAAACCCGGUAGUUGGUUCCGGCCCGGGAGGUGGCCAAAAUCUACGCUUACAUCCAAGAAAAAUACAAUUUCAAUGUGAUUUGAACUGUAAACAAUUUUUGAACGAAAUAGAAGAACAAACUAACUAUAGUUUAUUACUUAAAGAACCACGUGCGUGGAUAAUUUUAUUAGAAAAAGUCAAGUGUUUCAUCUCGAGCUGAGAUUCGAGCAUUUCGCUUAUAAAAUUUGUAACGGCGAUGAUACUAUUUUUUUU